AUGAGUUCCAAGAUGGGAGACAAUGUUAAAGUUGCCGGAGUACAGACCAACGUCAAUGCUUUGGAAGGGGACAGACAUACAAAAUCCAGCGAUGGCGCCCAGGGCAGUGGAAGCUUUGGUAUGGCCAGCGAUAGAGCCGUGGGCGAUCGAGUCGAUGGUGAGAUUUUGGAACAUGCCAUUGAAAACUUGGAGACCAAAAACAAGAAGUGGUGGGCUUAUUUGCUUACAAGAGACUUCUGGAUUAUUUUAGUUCUUGGACAAAUUCUUUCACUUUGCAUCACGGCUACCAAUACAUUCACUACACUUCUUGCGAAUAAGGGAACUUCGAUCCCCGCCUUUCAAACUCUCUUCAACUACGUCUUGCUGUGCGCUAUCUACACGACUUACACCAUCUACAAGUAUGGAUGGAGAGAUUAUUUGAAGCUUCUCUGGGUAGAUGGCUGGAAGUAUGUCAUCUUGUCUUUCAUGGAUGUUGAGGGAAACUAUUUCACAGUUUUGGCUUAUCGAUGGACCAAUGUCCUCAGCGCUCAACUUAUCAACUUUUGGUCCAUCGUUUGCGUUGUAAUCGUCUCGUUCAUAUUCCUCGGUGUUCGAUACAAGUGGCUCCAAGUUAUCUCCAUUCUCGUUUGCUGUGGUGGUAUGGGUAUUCUCCUUGCAUCUGAUCACAUCACUGGUUCCAAUGGAGGCAAUCCACCUACCAUGUUGAAGGGUGAUCUUUUUGCAUUAGCCGGCGCUACUCUCUAUGGUCUCUCGAACGUUUUUGAAGAAUGGUUCGUUUCCAAACGUCCUAUGUACGAAGUCCUGGGCAUGCUUGGUCUCUUCGGUAUCAUCAUCAACGGUAUCACAGCUGCCAUAUUUGAUCGUCAUUCUUUCCAAAACGCCGUCUGGGACGGCCAAGUCGGAGGUUACAUUGUUGGAUACACACUCGCUCUUGCACUUUUCUAUACCCUCGCUCCUAUUAUCCUACGAAUGGCAUCUGCGGCAUUCUUCGAUAUCUCGCUUCUCACGGCCAACUUCUGGGGUGUUGUCAUUGGUAUCAAUGUUUUUGGAUACACCAUCUACUAUUUGUAUCCAAUUGCAUUUGUGCUGAUUAUCCUAGGAUUGUUUGUCUAUUUCCUUUCGGGAAGUAUGUUGGGAGAUGCGGUCAAACCGUGGUUGGGCAAGGAUCAACAGGCAGGUGUGGCAGGUGUUGGAACAGCAAAGUUAAAGGCUAUUAAUGAAGCGAAGAGAGAGGGUCUGCUUAAUUCUGGACAGGGAAUGGCUUGA